AUGCUGAACGAAGUGGUUGCGAUAAAUCCCUCAGAAAAAACGGAGGAACGUCCGCCGUCCAACUGCUCGGGAAAGUCCGCGACGUUGAGCACCGGAAAUAAAAACGCCAGGAGUAGAAUUCCGACGACCCGGCUCGGGCGAAGUGCCACGCAAGGUGACUCGUCAAACCAUCACUCACCGUGCGAGGAGUCCACCAACGGAACUAGCUCCAACAACAACUCCGCUCGCCGUCCAACCAUGAAGACUUUGGCUCCACCGUCGUCUAGCAAAAAACCACCCGCCGCGAUAGCCGCUGAUAAACGCCAAAUGGAAAUUCAGUUCAACAGCAAGAAGAAACGAUACGAGAUGCUGAAGAGCACAUUAGCCGACAAGGAAAAAACGACGGAGGAUCUGUACAAGGAGAUGUCGACUCUGCGCGAGAAGAUAAUAGCGGCCGGCGGCAAAGACCCCGGCAAGAUCGAGGACCCGAGAUCGCCUCCCCUGGUGGACGGUCCCAAGCAGAAGUCGCCGAUGCCGCCGAUGGAGACUGACUCGUCGCACGAAUUGGCCGAGAAGCGAUUGGCAGCGAUCAGCGCGGACGAGUCGGCGAUAAUCGGCGUGUCACUGCUGCAGAAUCAGCUGCAGGAUCUCUGCGAUCACUCUCAACAGCUGUGUCAGCGCGCGCUGGACAAGAGCUCGUCGUUCGCGUCCCUCGUCAAAUCCUGGAUGACAGAAUCGAGUCGAUACGAAGUGGGCAGCGUGUUGGCGCCGCUCGACGCGGAGUUGGAGACGCAACUGACGAUCCUCGGACGGGACAACGAGGACAUGAGGACGCGGUUGAACGAGCUGGCGGCGAUCCAGAAGGACCUCGUCGCCGAGCUCGCUAGGAGAUCCUCGAGCCUGAGCGGCGAGUGCGACAAUUGUCGCGGGCGCGCAGACGAGCCGCCGAGCGGCGACCGGAGGGACCUGCGGGAGCAACUGAGUGCCGCUCUGGAGGAGCUGAGGACGGAGCGCGACAAGGCGAAUCACGGGAAGGACAAAGCGAGGAUGAUGGAGCUGCAGAUGCAGAGGGCGCGCACCAAAAUUCGCGAGCUGGAGGGCCAUGUGGUGAACGAGGAGGUGAAGCUGCAGCAGCUGCAGAACAGCGUCAAGUCGCUGGAGGCGCAGCUAAGGCAAAAGGAUCAAGCGAUGGAGCAGAGGAUAAAAGAUAUGCACAAAGCGAUGAAGAGCAGCGAGAACCUGGUGUCGAAGAUAGAGAAGCAGCGCGACACCCUCGAGACACGGAUGCUGGAACUCAAAGAACAGAUGGCCUGCAAGGAAGCCGAGGCAAGCGCUAUCAUCAAGGAGUUGUCGGAGAAAUUCGAGACGAUCGACGUGGAGGUCAACGAGGAAAGAGAGAAGAGGCAACAGGCUAAGAACGCUCUGAUCGAGAUGGAAGAACGCUGUAAGCGCCUCGAGGAGAAGAGUCAGCUGCUCUGCGACCUUGCCAGCGAGAAGAGCAACAAUCUAGUUGUGACAGAUGACAACCUACACACGGAGAACGAGGUGCAUUUGUACAACGAUCUGAAGGCGGCCCGAGCCGAGAUGGAAAAGCAGCAGCGGAAGAUCGAACAGUUGGAGGCUGAGAAGCAAGAGAUCGUCGCCGUGAUGCACAAGGCGGCCAGCCGCGACAACGACGACAACGAGACGAAGGACAAGCUGGCCGUCGAGCUUAUGGUCAAGACCGAGGAGCUUCAGAACCUGGUGCUGGAGAAUUGUUUACUUCGGGAGGAAGUCGAAUUCGCGAAAAAGAAGAGGGAUGAGUUGGAGAAACAGUUGUCCGAGAUUCAACAUUGCCUCCAUGCAAAAUCAAAAGAGGGCGGCAGCACGGGACUCGAAGCGAUCGAGCUACAACAACAAGUCAGCGACCUGCGGAACAGCCUGGCUCAGGUCAUACAACAGAAUCAAGAGCUGGAAACCAGCUUGACCCAGACGCAACUAGAAUUGGAGCAACGCGAUCGCGUGAUGCGGGAACAAAGCAAGUUUCUCAAGGCCAGAGACGAGUUGCUGACCAUCCUCAAGGGGAAGCAGCAGACAAGCGUGGACAACAAUCCCUUUAAUGAGAACUACGAAGACAUGGACGAAAUCAACAGGCAGAUCGCGGCGAAAACGGAAGCGAUUCAGGAACUGUACGCCACAUUGGAGAGCAAGCAGAUGCAGGUGAUGCGACUAGAGAAACUGGUGAAGCUGCUGGAGGACCAACAGGAUCGAGCACAGGCGCAACGCACGCGGCUCGAGCAUCGCAUCGCUCAGCUGGAAAUGAACCUGCGGGACAAAGCGAAGAACAGUAAUCGGAAUAGAGCCUUCGGCAUCCUGUAAGAAAUCUCUGUACUCGUCACCACAGUCCACUUAACGUAUCAAUCCAUAACUCGCAGAUCGGAUCUAACAACAAAUCAUUAACAUGUACAUCGUGAAUUUCAUAUAAAGCGCUACGCUCGCAAAAAUUGUGUGUAUAGUUUAAAACUUCAUACGAUUACUGUUUCUAUGUUUUGAAAUGUUUAACAAAACGUGUUUAUAACCUACUAUUUGUAGAUCCCAUUUAUUUUAUAUCACAAUGUUUUUAUCUUGUGCAUUUAUCUUGUUGCAUAAAAAUAUGUACAUUUUAGAAAUAUAUUAAU